AUGUUUGGCAGAGCCCCAUUCACCUUCACUAUGAGGGGAAUCAUACUAGCACUAGCGCUCACCUUUGUAGGUAGCCAGAAGCUUGACAUUGAGCCUGGAUUCAGCAGCAAAAAGAGCCACUUGUACAGCUAUGAAGGUUGGGUGUUGAAUGGGCUUCAAGAGAAAAGUUUAGCUAAAGCUGGUGUGCGCUUGAGCAGCAAACUAGAGAUCAGCGUGCUGUCGGAGAAUGCUUACCUCCUCAAGAUCCGCUCUCCACAGUUUGAGGAGUUUAAUGGUAUCUGGCCCAGGGACCCAUUCACUCGAUCUUCUAAAAUCACCCAGAUAAUUUCUUCAUGUUUUUCCCGGCCCUUCAAGUUUGAAUACAACAGUGGACGGAUUGGAAACAUCUAUGGCCCAGAAGACUGCCCUGUUAUGUGUAUUAACAUAGUGAGAGGAAUACUGAACAUGAUACAGUUAACCAUUAAAAAGUCACAGAAUGUGUAUGAAUUGCAAGAGGCUGGAAUUGGAGGUGUCUGCCAUACAAGGUAUGUCAUCCAGGAAGACAAGAGGAACAGCCGAGUCUUGGUUACCAAAACCAUAGACCAAAAUAAUUGCCAGGAAAAAGCGAAGAAGAGUGUUGGAAUGGCUUACAUCUAUCCUUGUCCUGUUGACAUGAUGAAGGGAAGGCUCAUUAAAGGGACUGCAGCUUUCUCUCACAAACUGAAGCAGUCAGACAGUGGUACUCUCAUCACAGAAGUGGUGUCGCAGCAGGUGUAUCAGAUCUCACCACUCAGUGAACCUACUGGUGUUGCUGUCAUGGAAGCAAGACAAAAGCUCACCUUGCUUGAAGUGAGAAGUGAACGGGGAGGCUCCCCAGACAUUUCCAUGCAGAGCUAUGGAGGUCUUCGUUACCAGUUCCCAUCAGAAUUGCCACAGAUGCCACUGCAGCUAAUCAAGAUGAAAAACCCUGAGCAACGGAUAGCAGAAACACUGCAACACAUAGUCCUGAAUAACCAACAAGAUUUCCACGACGAUGUUCCAUACAGAUUCUUGGAGCUCGUCCAGCUCUGCCGGAUAGCAAGCGCUGAUACUCUUGAGUCCCUCUGGAAACAAUUUUCAGAUAAACCUCACUACAGACGGUGGCUGCUGAGUGCAAUUUCUGCAACAGGCACAACAGAAGCACUCAAAUUCAUCAAGACCAGAAUUCGAAGUGAUGACCUUAAUUACCUUCAGACUCUUCUAAGCGUUUCUUUUGCUCUCCAUUUAAUGAAAGCUGAUGAACAGAGUAUUCCAGUAGCAGCAGAUUUAGUGACCAGUUCACGAAUUCAGAAAAGUCCCAUACUUCAGCAAGUUGCUUGCCUGGGAUACAGCUCUGUGGUCAAUAGAUACUGCUCUCAGACCUCAGCUUGCCCUAAAGAAGCUCUUCAGCCCAUCCAUGACCUGGCAGAUGAAGCAAUCAGCAGGGGCCGUGAAGACAAAAUGAAAUUAGCUCUGAAGUGUAUUGGUAAUGUGGGAGAACCAGCCAGCAUCAAGCGCAUCCUGAAGUUCCUUCCCUUAUUUUCAUCCAGUGCUUCUGAUAUCCCCAUCCACAUUCAGAUUGAUGCCAUAAUGGCAUUAAGAAAAAUAGCUUGGAAGGACCCCAAACCAGUGCAGGGAUAUCUGAUUCAGAUCCUUGCAGACCAGUCACUUCCCCCCGAAGUGCGAAUGAUUGCUUGUGCUGUCAUCUUUGAGACAAGGCCUGGCCUUCCUUUAAUAACAACGAUAGCUAAUGUGGCAAUGAAGGACAGCAAUCUGCAGGUGGCCAGUUUUGUGUAUUCCCACAUGAAGGCUUUGUCAAAGAGCAGUUUGCCAUACAUGUACAACAUAUCGUCAGCUUGCAAUAUUGCCCUCAAGCUGCUGGCCCCCAAGCUGGACAAACUGAGCUAUCGGUACAGCAAGGUCAUUCAUAUUGGUGGCUACUUUGAUAACUAUAAAGUUGGUGCUGCUGGAGAUGUCUAUGUUAUGAACAGUCCAGGAACGAUGUUCCCAUCAGCAAUAAUUUCCAAGCUGAAGGCAUAUUCAGCAGGGUCAGUGGCUGAUUUGGUGGAGGCUGGUGUUCGUGUGGAAGGCCUCACAGACGUCAUCAUGAAGCAAAACAUCCCGUUCGCUGAAUAUCCCACCUACAAAAAGAUAAAGGAGAUUGGAAAAGCUCUGCUAGGAUGGAAGGAACUGCCAACAGAAACCCCAUUGAUGUCAGCCUACUUGAAACUGUUUGGCCAGGAGCUGGCCUAUGUCAACAUCAACAAGGAAGUCCUGCAUCAGGCUGUGAAGACUGUGCUGGAACCUGCUGACAGGGACACAGUGUUGAAGAGAAUUGUGAGCCAAAUCCGCAGUGGCAUUUCAGGACAGUGGACACAGCCGGUGUGGCUGGGAGAGCUGCGAUACAUAGUUCCCACCUGCACCGGUCUGCCUCUGGAGUACGGGUGGUACACAACUGCUCUGGCACGUGCGGCACUCAGUGUUGAUGGAAAGUUGACUCCCCCUUUAACUGGAGAUUUUAAACCUUCCCAGUUGCUUGAAUCCACUGUAGAGAUUCGGUCUGAUGUAAAUCCAAGCUUAUAUGUACAGACGGUGGCGACAAUGGGUGUCAACACAGAAUACUUCCAACACGCUGUUGAAAUUCAAGGCAAGGUCCUGAUAAGAGUGCCACUGAAAUUUGAUGCCAAGAUAGAUGCCAAACUGAAAAAUAUUAAGAUUGAAACAAAUCCAUGCCAUGAGGAAACUGAAAUAGUGGUUGGAAGACAUAAGGCUUUUGCUGUGUCAAGAAACAUCGCAGAACUAGGUGUUGAAAAGAGGACCUCAAUUCUCCCAGGAGAUGCUUCAUCAGAUAUUGUUGAAGAACCUUUCAAACCAUCAGAGAGAGCUUCCAGUGAAGGUUUCACAACGCAAGGAACUGACAGCACACCAAAGAAACAAGUCUAUAGUUCUCAAGAGGGCUUUCACCUUGGUGCAGGAAGAAAACGUCAUAAACAAGACAUUUGUGUCAAAAUGCAUCAUCUUGGUUGUCAGCUCUGCUUUUCUGGAAGGUCACAAGAUGCCAGUUUCCUGAGAAAUACAUAUCUGCACAGAUUAAUUGGAGAACAUGAAGCUAAAAUAGUCUUGAUGCCAGUUCAAACAGAUGCUGACAUUGACAAAAUUCAGUUGGAGAUUCAGGCAGGAUCCAGAGCAGCUUCCAAGAUAAUUGACGUGGUAAACUCGGAGUCUGAGGAAGUGGAUGAGUCAUCUCCAGAUGAGGACAUUCAAGCUAAACUGAAAAAGAUUCUAGGCAUUGAUAAUGUGUUCAAGGUUGCAAAUAAAACACGACACCAGAACAAGCAACCUUCUAAGAAAGGAAACACUUUGUUAGCAGAGCUUGGGACAGACCCCAAUGCAAAAAGUCCCUCCAGUUCAUCUUCUGGCUCCUCAGCUGUCUCUUCAUCAUCUGCUGCUUCUCCUGAUCGUGUAAAGGCUGUGGAUGAAGAUGAGAACGAUCAAGUGAAGCAAGCAAGAAACAAAGAUGCAAGCAGCAAGAGCAGUAGCAGUAGCGGCAGCAGCAGCAAGAGUAGCAGCAGCAGCAACAGGGGUAGUAGCAGUAGCAGCAGCAGCAACAGGGGUAGUAGCAGUAGCAGCAGCAGCAACAGGGGUAGUAGCAGUAGCAGCAGCAGCAACAGGGGUAGUAGCAGUAGCAGCAGCAGCAACAGGGGUAGUAGCAGUAGCAGCAGCAGCAACAGGGGUAGUAGCAGUAGCAGCAGCAGCAACAGGGGUAGUAGCAGCAGCAGCAACAGGGGUAGUAGCAGCAGCAGCAACAGGGGUAGUAGCAGCAGCAGCAACAGGGGUAGUAGCAGCAGCAGCAGCAGGGGUAGUAGCAGCAGCAGCAGCAGCAGGGGUAGUAGCAGCAGCAGCAGCAGCAAGGGUAGUAGCAGCAGCAGCAGCAGGGGUAGUAGUAGUAGCAGCAGCAGGAACAGCAAGAGUAGUAGCAGCAGCAGCAAGAAGUCAAGUCACCAUAGCCAUGGGCAUCACGCACGGUAUCUGAAUGACAGCAGCAGUAGCAGCAGCAGGUCAUCCAGUCAUCAUAGCCACGAGCAUCAUUCAGGACAUGUGGAAGGUGGCAGCAGCAGUAGCAGCAGCAGCAAUUCCAAAAUAUGGGAAGGUAAUGAGAUUUACCAGUAUCGCUUUAGAUCAGCGCACAGACAAGAGUUCCCAGAAAGGAAAAUCCCAAAUGACAGCCUGAGAAGCACACACUCUUCUACCAAAUCCAGUCAUGCCUCAUCUCAAGAUGAUUUCCAGCCAAAGUUUUUGGGAGAUGUUAAAACCCCAGUGUUAGCUGCUUUCCUUCAUGGCAUCCGUGACGAUAAGAAAAUGGGAGGCCUCCAGCUUGUGGUAUAUGCUGACAUUGACUCCAUCAGGCCCCGGGUGCAGGUAUUUGUGUCAAACCUCACAGAUUCAAGCAAGUGGAAGCUCUGUGCAGAUGCUUCAGUCCUCAAUGCUCACAAGGCAGCGGCUUACCUGAAAUGGGGCCGGAACUGCAAGGACUACCAGAUUUCAACUGAGCUGGUCACUGGCCGGUUUGCUGCCCAUCCUGCUGUACAAGUGAAACUGAAGUGGUCUAAAGUUCCUUCAAGUGUCAAAUCUGUAGCAGAAUGGUUUUACAAGUUUGUCCCUGGGGCUGCAUUUAUGCUGGGGUUCUCUGAAAAAAUGGACAAGAAUCCUUCUCAACAAGCCAAGGCGAUCGUGGCUCUAACUUCUCCAAGGACAUGUGAUGUUGUUAUCAAGCUUCCUGAUAUGAUCAUCUAUGAAAAAGCCAUGAGGCUUCCCCUGUCGCUCCCUGUAGGUCCAAAGAUAUCAGCUUCAGAGCUGCAGCCUCCCAUCUGGAAUGUCUUUGCUGAAGCCCCCUCUGCAGUGCUUGAGAAUUUGAAAGCUCGCUGCUCAGUUUCCCAUAACACCAUCAAAACCUUCAAUGGAGUUCAGUUUAACUACACAAUGCCAGCAAACUGCUACCACAUCUUGGCACAGGAUUGCAGCUCUGACCUCAAGUUCAUGGUGAUGAUGAGGAAUGCUGAAGAAGCUGUAAACCUGAAAGCAAUCAACAUCAAGCUUGGCAUUCAUGAAAUUGAUAUGCAGCCUGAGAAGGGACAAGUGAAGCUGCGGGUAGAUGGGGUUGAAAGCCCCACAACAAAUGUGACAUACACAUCUGAUGGUGCUUCUCUGUGGAUCUACAGUGAAAUGCAAGGGCUUGCACUUAUUGCCCCAGCCUAUGGUAUUGAUAAAUUGUACUUUGAUGGAUACACAUUCAAGAUUCAAGUUGCUUUAUGGAUGGCAGGAAAAAUGUGUGGAAUAUGUGGAAAAUAUGAUGCAGAAUGUGAACAGGAAUAUCGUAUGCCCAAUGGAUAUCUAGCUAAAGACGCAGUGAGCUUUGGGCAUUCUUGGAUUUUGGAGGAAAGGCCUUGUGCAGGAGCCUGCAAACUGCGGCGCUCGUUUGUGAAGCUUGAGAAGACAGUGCAGAUUGUGGGUGUAGAGUCCAAGUGCUAUUCUACAGAGGCCGUGCUGCGCUGCAUGAAAGGAUGCUCUGCCACCAAGACUACUCCAGUCACUGUUGGUUUCCACUGUCUCCCAGCUGAUUCUGCUACCAGCCUGACAGACAAACAAAUGAAGGUCGACCAGAAGUCAGAGGACAUGCAGGCUACUGUUGAUGCACACAUCGCAUGUUCCUGUGAGAGUGAAGACUGCAGUGCAUGA